AUGGUGUCCUUUAUACAACGGACGAAAGCAUGGCUCGUUUUCACCGGAAUCGAGGGAGAUUGCCUCGAAAACAGCGUCAAAAGGUAUGUUCCAGUCGACGUUAUUUGUCUUUUUGGCGGUUUGGCUUGGAGGACAGCUCAGACCAAUUCUGAGGCGAUUUGUCUGUCGCUAUCCAAUCUCCUCGGACUUCAGUCCCGAAGGCUGUGCCGGUUGCCAGGUGGAACGGCCCUUCAAUCAGCCGCUGCCCUUGUCGACCACGAGAACCGGAUCUUUCUUGUUGGCGGAUAUAGACCGGAGACACGACAGGCUGUUGCUACCACUCACGUCUUCAGCUUGACCACGUCUCGAUGGACCGAACUGGGCUGUCUUGCUGUGGCCAGAUACGAUCUGGCCCUCUGCAGCGCAAUGCUCCUUCGGUUUCCGAUGAGACCGAUUGCAACUUUUUAUUGGAAAUGGAAAUGGGCAAAAUCUGACCUCUGCGAGAGACUGGAUACCUCGGCCCUCGGGGCUGGUUGGCAGAUGAUGCCGCAGCGUCUGGUCCGGCCGCGAUGGGGACACGCCGCCGUUUCCAUGGGCACCACAUUGUAUGUGAUUGGAGGCUGGCAGGACAAGGGAGUGGACCGCCUCGACACCGGCGACCCUUCGGCCCGUUGGCAGCCGAUGGCCGAAUCGCUGAAUCGGUAA